AUGCCCUUCCGCCAUCUUGCAAGAAUUGCCCUUUAUGUUUCAAGCGUUGAAAACAGGUUAAUUGUAAGGUGUUUUUCUCGUUCAUUCACUUUCAAAAUGCCUCCCAAAAAGAAGGAAGAAGAAAAACCAACACCUUUAAUGGGAAGAUUUGGAACGUCACUUAAGUGCGGAAUAGUAGGGCUUCCAAAUGUAGGGUAAGUCAAUUGAAUACGUGCGUGCAACAGGUCUCUAUUUUUUUUUCCCCUGAUCGUGAGUCUGUUGUUUAUCCACCUGGAUUUUCAGGAAAUCAACCUUCUUCAAUGUUUUGACCAAGAGUGCAGCAGCAGCCGAAAAUUUUCCAUUCUGCACAAUAGGUCAGUAUAUAGUAAGCAGUUCUACUUCUAGCUCGAAAUGAUAACUGUCUUGAUUUUGUCUCCAUGUUCUCUGUCUCGUACCCUUCAGAAGCCCUUCGAUCUUCCCAGAUAAGUCGGGAGGAUGGAAGGAGUUGUGGGAAUUUCGAGACACCGCUAGGAUACAUGGUUGUCCCAUCGUUACGGAUCAAAAUUUCAAUGUCUUGAAAUUGUGUGACUGUUUCAGAGUCAAUCUAUUUUACAUAAAAUCAGUGAAUUCGCCUCCAAUCGAUGAGAUUUAUCUCGUUGUUUAUUUUUUUAAACAUCGUAGAAUUGAUUAAUGCAGGUUAACAUUGUCAAAUGCAGGUUAACAUUGUCAAUCAAUAAUAUUGAUCUUCUCUACCUUUACAUGAGAAUUUUCCAAAUUAUGCUUUACCAUGCGUGCAAGCACCACAGUUUCAAAAAUCACAUGUCCCUCUUUGGCAUUGCAUUCGAGUUCAGCUUUUCAGUGACUCUUCAAUGGCUGUGAGGGAGGCUAGACUUUCACCAAGUGGACUUCUUUUAUCAUAAAUAAGAUGAUCACUUGCAGGGGGUGGGGGGGGGGGUUAAUUAACAUUGGGGUGAACUCGAUUUAUUACGGGACUUACUCACUAUCGGGAAAAACCACUGGUUGACCAAGCAGUGUAAGAGUCUUUAUAUCCAUUCCUACUAUAGAGUACUAAAGUGUGAAGUCAUAAAAAUGAAAUUUCUGAAAUUAUGGGAUUUGUCAGGAUAUUCUGAAAGAACAAUGUCCAAGAGGCCUACUUGCCAAAAAGGAGCAUUUUGGGGGAAAUUGUCUCUGAGAUUGUAGCCCAGUUAUGCUUACAAAACUCCAUACAAACCCUUCUAAAUUUUUUUUGGGUCGACCCAAAAAAAAAUUAGAAGGGUUUGUAUGGAGUUUUCUGAGUAUAGCUGGGCUACGAUCUCAGAGACAAUUUGCCGCGAAAUGCUCAUUUUUGGCAAGUAGGCCUCUUGGACAUUGUUCUUUCAGAAUAUCCUGACAAAUCCCAUAAUUUCAGAAAUUUCAUUUUUAUGACGUCAUCACUUUAGUACUCUAUUGUGUUUUAUGCUAUUGAGGAUGGUGAUUGCUAACCAAAUUUUUGCAACCAGGGAGGAGUUAACACCCUAGAAGGUCUUAUUUAUUGUUUUGUAAAGUGUCCAGGUUUAUUAUUAUUCAUAUAAGCUGGUUGAUCUUUAUUUUUGAUUUCUUAAGAGUCUCUUCACUUUUGGACAUUCUUUACCUCAGCUUAUCAUUUUUCCAGUCAUAAAUUGGUGCUUGAAAGCCUUCAGAACAUUAUAUCAUUGAAAAGCAGAUGCUGCUAGUCAUUUUGAAGAGGAAGUGAUUGAGAACAAACUUGUUUGAAUCCUGUACAUGUUAAUUUCUUUCAUUCACAAAUCAGUGGUGUCUCUUUCUAAAUAAACCUGUUAUAUUUACACCAAUUUCAAUGAUAAUAUUAUUAUUUAUUAACAAUAUUUAUUGGUAUUUUUAUUUUUCAGAUCCCAAUGAAAAUAAGUAUCAUUCAAUUUUGUCAUAGUACUUACAGGUAGCCUUCAAACAGGCAGUGAAAAUGUCAAUAGAGCAUUUUUACAUGAUGUCACAGUGGCUACGUUAGUGUUCCAGAACAAUGGAACAGUGGCCUUGUUAGUUUGCUAAGCCAGUCAUAUGGGGGUUGUACUCUUUUCUAAAUAAGGAAACACUUACGUUUGUUCCAGGAAAUUUACUUAGUGAAAAUGCUCUAUGGACAGUGGAACCUGUCUUCAAUAUAGACACCCUAGUAGAGUGGACAGCUUCCUUUUUCAUGUUAUUCCUAACAUGCGAGCCCAUGAUAUUUGUUUCGUGAGCCACUAAAUCCUAACAGAAGAUGCUUUGGCAUGUCCUUUUCCAUGGUCGUUACUUGUAUUACUGUGGAACUGCACAGAAAUCCUUCCUUACAGCAAAAGUUGCCCACAGUUUUCUGAGUUUCACAGUGGAAAACUCAAGUAAAUUUGUGUCAAUAGAUAAUCCUUUUUUAUUCUUUCUUUCUGUUGCACGUCGAGUGGCUGUUCCAGAUGAUAGAUGGGAUUUCUUGUGUGAUUUUCACAAGCCUGCAAGGUACAGUAACAUCUAAUGCCCAACCUAUUUUGUCUGGAAUCAAAAACACUUUUCUGCAAUAGGUUGUUGAUCUUAUCUUGUAAUAAUGUAAUACUUUUAAUAAGGUUUUGGCUUUUCAAAGAAGUUUGUUGUAAGAGGCAGUGAAUUUUUCAAGGGCUAUAUAGUACUACUUUCAGUUGUCCCAACUACCUACUUCACUUUGGAACGUAACAUACCGUUGUACAGGAUAAUCAGUUAGUUCAGACUCUGUUGAUACCAAUAUCUGUUUGACUUACUUUUAGUAAACUAGAAACAUCCAUAACUUGAAAGCCUCAAUCUAAUAGUACCUUAGUUUCCUUUUGUGUCUACAUGAUGCCCCCUUUGUACUCUUAUAGACAGAUACUUAGACUUUAUCUAAAGGGCAGGAAUUGCCACACUAUCAGCAUUUAUUAACUUGUAUUUCCUUUACAGCAAAGUGCCAGCUUUUCUUCAUGUAACAGAUAUUGCUGGUCUAGUGCAAGGGGCACACGAAGGCCAGGUUUGUAUGUCUUUAAAAAUAAGAGACAUUCCUGUUUACUUCAAUGUGCAUUCUUCUCUUCUUCUUACUUAACUGAUUUUGAUUGUUUUAUUAAUGCUGCAAUAAGAAUCAAUGGACAUAAUGAAUUGGUAAGAAAAGAGGCAGCAGAUCUUUCUUGGGUAAAAAAGGCUAAUUUAACAUAAAGUAGGCCAACCUUUUAACACCUCAAACCUUGCGUGUGAGUUGCUCCAUUCUUCUGAUGGUGCCUUUAUUGGCCGUACAAAAUCAGAAUUGAGAAUGUUCAAUUCCCCUCAACCUACUAACUGAAUACCUUGGAAACUGAAAUUGUAGUGACAGCCCUGGGUUAAGGUUCAAGCCUUGUAAUUUCGUUGUUUUGAAGACAAGUUACCUUUACUCCACUAUGUUUCUCUUCACCCAGGUGUAUAAUAGGUACCAGUAACUUACUGCUGGGGUAACCCGCCAGUUGAAAGGGAGGUAGCAUUACUUAUUGGUGCUUCGUGCUACCAAAACUGGGGUAAGCUCCAGUUGUGUGUUCCCCAUUGGCUCAUUUGUGCCCUAACCUUGUUUAUUCCACCUACUGUGAACAGCUGUAAUGUAUUAGUAGUAUUAGAGUGGUUUUCGUUUGAGUGUCGUAAAACCAAAACCAAAGUAAUUACUCAGACCAAUCACAUAGGACACAGACAAUACAUUGAACCAAUCAAAACUCGAAGUAAUUACAUGUGGCUGACGCAAAGCGCGGGAAAAUGCAUGCGAGCGCGUCACAAUUGGCUUUGGUUUUACUUCUGAUUGGAUGAAAAGGUGGCGCGAAUCUUUUAAGCCAAUCGCAUCGUGUAGAAAGUGCAAAACCAAUUACUUUUCGACACUCAAAUGAAAACCGCUCUAUAAUACUAUUAUUAGUGAUAUAUGGAAUGUACAGUUUUUGAGACCAUGGUUAUAUUGUCACCUGUAGGGUUUAGGAAAUGCCUUUCUGUCUCAUAUUUGGGCGUGUGAUGCUAUAUUCCAUAUGAUACGUGAGUACAAAGUCAUUUUUUCAUUAUGUACCAUUCUCUGUAUAAUAAGUUGUACUGAUAAUGUAUAAUUUUGAUUUGAUGUGACAAGGUGCAUUUGAGGGUGAAGAUGUAACUCAUGUAGAAGGAGAUGUAAACCCUGUACGAGACCUGGAAAUCAUCUCAGAGGAAUUGAGGAAAAAGGUAGAGUAACGUGAAAAUACAAAAAUAAUAUUUUCUGUACAUCCUACAAGAGGUCUUCUUCUUCUUGUCAGGUAUGGAGAUCACAUUAUUUUUUACAAUCAACACAUUACCUUUUUUUUUUCUUAAGGAUGAAGAAUACCUAAAAGAUAAAGUUGUAAGUAUCAUUGUUUUAAGUCUUGCAGUUUAUCUUACAGUACAUGAUAAUUUAAACUUAUUAGUAUAAUGGCGUUAGCUCCCACAAGUCUCUUGUUGCCCAGUGGUAGAGCAUUUGGACUAGUAACCAGAAGGUGGAUGAAACCUAUUCAGACACAACCAGCUGGGGAUUGUCUAUGUUGCAAAUUAUUAUAAGGUGGCAAUCUGACUGAUUAAAAUAAUUUUUAUCAUUUUGUUGUAUUUUUAGAGCAACAUGGAAAAGACAGUAGUGAGAGGUGGAGAUAAAAAGAGACUAGGAGAAUUUGUAAGUGAACCUAAAUUCAUUUCCAACUCUACUUUUUUGAAUAAGAUGGCUAUUAAUCAUUUGCUGUUGUUACUUGUAGGAAAGCCUAAAAAAAAUAUAUCACUCGGUCUCAGAGGAUAAAAAGCAUGUUAGGUUUGGAACAUGGGAUGCAAAAGAAGUGAGUGUAUAAUAUUUAUUGUUGCAAAGGAAACUUCACCUUUGAAUAAUUUAAAUAAUUUAUUGCUAGCUUACUACUCCUUCUUGGCUAAUUAAAAAGCCAGCACUGUUACUUUUCUCUUUCAUCCCUCUCUGAGCAGUUAUCAUGUUUAGUUUUACCUUGUGUUAUAUAUUUUUCCACUCUGGCACAUUUUUACUGUACAAGUGUUGGCAGGGAACAUGGAAGGGAAAUGUGAUUGUUUGUAAAUCUGUGAUUUACAGAAGAAAGUACAGUACUCUAAUGAACUGUUCUUAGUCCCCUAUUUUUCUCUGUGAUUGUCAAGAGGAGUCACCAAUUUUGAGACACUUUCAUCUUGUUUUUGUGUGAUGAUUGAAAUCUGGAGAGACGUCGCAGCCUGUUUAAGUAAUUAUUAAGCCCUUGAUUGAAACAAUCCUUCCAAAAAUAGGGGUUUUUCAGUCUUGUACUCUUGCUAACAAAAAAUAGAUACAGCGGUAAAAGUGAGAGUCAAGGACCAUGUGCUUGCUCACUUGCAAAAGGCCACACAUAGGAGAUACUCAGUAAGUCUCUUUGUUUAUUUCAGAUUGAAGUUCUCAACAAGCAUUUGUUGCUUACAUCAAAACCUGUUAUAUACCUGGUGAAUUUAUCAGAGAAAGACUACGUUAGGAAGAAGAACAAGUGGUCAGUUUUUUUUUCUUCCAAUAAUUAUUAUCCGUAAUGAUGGUCAAAACUUGUAGCUUGAAUUGCGAAUGACAGAGUGUUAAAUGAAAGAAAAAACCUUUUUGCAGGUUAGCAAAGAUAAAGGAGUGGGUAGAUACAAAUGAUAAUGGAGCUGUUAUCAUUCCUCUUAGUGGAGCCCUGGAAUAUAAGGUGAUGUUUUCUUUAAUAGCAGGAGAAUUUAUCACAUCAUUAUGCAAACUGUGAAUCAGACAAAACUGGUUUAAGUAGCAUGCUCAUUUUCUUCAUAUUUUCAGGGUAUAGGAGUUGUGGAUGAUGCAUGAAUUUUGCUUUUUGUGCCAGUUUUGGAAAUUUUGUUCAUUUCAACUACACAAGUUCUUUUGUGUAUCCAUCAGUCCCAGAAAGAACUUUUCAACGCAAGCUGUUUUUGAGAAUAAAAUGAAUGACAUUUUGAUGACUCCAUGUCAUCAUUUUCAAAUUCGUGUAGUUCUUAAUUGUGAGUUCAAUAUGUAGGGAGUUACAUGUGAAAGUUUAGUUGUAUGUGAUUAAAAGAGAAAAUUAGGUAAAUAUUUUUGUUUUGAUAGAGUCAGAUUGGGUGUUCAGUUUAGGUUUCUUUUCUUUGAUAAAGAGCAUUUCAUAAAUUAAGCAAUCCAGCUAUUUUUAUUUUUUUUUUUUUAUCCAGCUCUUAGAUAUGAGUCCAGAAGAAGAAGAGAAGUACCUUAAAGAUGCUGGAACACAAAGGUAUUAAGAACUUAGCAUUAUUUGGCCUCUACACAACACUUCAAACAAUCCACCGGAACAGUUCCCUGAUGGGCCUCCCUGAUGCUUGAUAAGGGAGUCCAACCAAUGGAUGAAAUAAUCUGCCAUCUAUGCAGCACUGACUCUUUUACACUAAUUAAUGUUUUCCUGUUUCUUUUUCCAGUGCUCUUGCUAAAAUUAUCACCACCGGAUUCAAAGCUCUUCAGCUUCAGUAUUUCUUCACUGCUGGCAAAGAUGAAGUCAAAGCCUGGACAAUUUUGGCGAGUAUAAUGAGUUUUAACUGAGAACACAUGUUUUUAACGUUGUACACUUAAGCAACCUUCCAUAGUUUGAGAAACUUUAAGAUAAUAUAGUUUAACUGAAACCUCGCUUUUUCCAUUAUUGUGCAGCAGUAUUACCAAAUGCAAAUUCCUUUCCACCAAUCAGUGACUUCUCAUGUUCGUGUAAAGGUGGUGAACAUUGCCUACAUGGGAGGUGCUUCAGCAGUUCGACUUGUUCCCAUUCAAAGCAUUGUGUUCUUUUGGGCAUGAUUUUCCCCUUUGCUGCUCCCUUGGAAAACCUACCCCUCAGGCUAUUUAUGAGAAGGCUCCUGGCAAUUAUAAGGUUUAAAAGUCUGCUGUUUGUCACUGCGUAGAUACUGGUGUCUUACACUCCUUAUUGUUUCUCAGUUCCACCAAUUCUCACUUUUAAACCGUUUUGGCCACUUUGUUUAAAACUACUAACAUGAGAAGGAAAAUCAAAUAUGGAGGAGCCUAGAGUUGAUAGAUUGAAAAAACCAUGGUCACAGAAGUCUAGACGGCAUUUAUUUGUUUUUAACAAUUUAAUUUUUGGGGUAAUUUUUACAGAAAGGGACGAAAGCACCUCAGGCAGCCGGUAAGAUUCAUACUGACUUUGAGAAAGGCUUCAUUAUGGCUGAAGUGAUGAAAUUUGAUGAUUUCAAAGAGCAUGGCUCUGAGACGGCAGUCAAGGUUAAGUGUUACAGUUCUCAAGAAAGUAGACAUGAUAACUUAGAAUAGUUGUGUUAACUAGUUUGAAGGGACCAACUUAUGAGACAGCUUUCCUCAUUUUUACUGUAGUAUAAAAUUUUCGUUGGUUUCGGAUCUAUUAAUGUGAUGUUUUAUUUUGUACAAUUAGUGGCAGAGCUUUUCUCCCCGAUUUAGGCACUAUGUGGUUUGUCCUUCCCUCCCUACUCCUCCUUCCUCUCUCUCCCGCCCAGAUCAACCUUUUUCACAUGUAGGAAAAGAAACCUCUCGGAAGCUUGUUUGAAUCUAAACUGAAAAGGGUAUUGAACAGAGUUCUUUUACGGUCUUGAAUUAUCCAAACUCAACUGUAAAGAUUUUAGAGUUCCGGGAAGAAGGUACUAGUGUCCCAUCCAGUCGGGGGUGGGGGUGCGGGAUUCAGGUUACUGAAACAAGGCAAAUCUCCGGGUGUUUGGCCCUCAUUGCUUAGGUGCGCCUUUACCAAUCUCAAGGGUACCUCAACUGAACCCACCUACCUUUCUUGGUGAGUCUUAUAAUAUCUAUUUUAUUUCUUUUACAGGCUGCAGGCAAAUACAGACAGGAAGGAAAGAACUAUGUAGUUCACGACGGAGAUAUAAUAUUCUUUAAAUUUAAUGCCGGCGCUGGUUUAACAGACAAAAAGAAAGUGAAAUAACGAAAGAAUAUAAAUCAUAUUAAAUAGUUAUCACCAAGUAGCGGAAUAGAAGGACGUCAAAUUAAAACACACCGCUUCGGUCAUCACUGCGCUUUUAAGCAAGAAAAAAGACCUAGAGUUCUUUUGCAUCAAACAGCAGACUUUUGAACUGGCUUAGAGAUUUCCUGUGGAUGCAGCAAUUUCUAGUAUGACAAUAUCGAAAAGAGAAGCUGUCAUGUUUA